AUGAGCAAUCCUAAUGCGCCCACGCAGCCGCCUGUGCAGCGUCACAAGAGGCCACGUCUGGAUGGUGAUGGGUCCGGAGUUCGUACGGCAAUUGCGUGCCGAGCGUGUCGUGAGCGCAAGACUCGCUGCAGCGGACAUCAACCAGCUUGCACGUACUGCUUGAAAACGGGACUGUCGUGCGUGUAUGCGACAACUGUGCCCACACAUGCUCCCUGGGAUUCGACACCGACCUUGGAUGAAUGGGGCGAUAAGAUCUUGACCGCAAUCAGCAGUCUUGCUGGCGAUGUCAACCUUUUGCAUCAUCCCCGUCAUGGUAUUCCCAGCGUUGCAAAUUCCAAUGCUUACUCCUCUCCUACUCUCACUUUCGGAGAAGAUCAAAACGACUCAUGUGAGACUUCUAUGGAAGAGCAGUCUAGGUGCAUUCCAAUAGAGGGUCCUAGUCCAGUUACAAGUCUCCCGUCGCUUCUGGCAUGGAACGUCUUCGCCAACCAAGGUGACGUGUUGGCACGCUUCUCGCUGUCGCUGUCAGAGCACGCGAGACAGUCCUACGCGUCGCGAACUUCGGGAAAAGAAAGCGCAAGUUGCGCCAAGCCGGAUCUGCUCUUCCUCGCCAACGUCUUCGAAGCUCGGUUCUUACCGGUCCAUCCCGUCGUUGACAUGGCCGAGGUGCGCAGCUACAUCGCCCAAAUUAGCGAGUUCGGGGUCCUCUGGAAUACUGAAUCGUGUUUGGUUCUGCUAGUGGCGGCUUUGGCAAGUAUGUACUCAUAUAAUCAGGGCCAUCUUUCAGCGUUGCAUACAGAUUCUUCCGUCUUUGCAAGCACCGAAACUAGCUCUAGCAUCGAAUGUACACCCGGUGCCUUGAAGUAUUGGAAUAUGGCUAAAAAGAGGUUGGCUUGGGCACUGGAGGAUUCUGGACUAUUGGCGGCCCAAUGUCAAUUUCUCGCAGGGAUGUGGCAUCUAUACACCUCGGAGCCUGCAGCGGCUUGGAAAAUGUUUAAUGGCUCGGUACUAGCUAUCGAUGCCGUCGCACUUCGGUACAAAUCUAGGAUGGCAGGUGUGCAGCGGACAAGUGAUGCGGCGUUGAUAGAGACCAUGCGUUGGGCUUGCAUCAAUUUCUUGUGCCGUUUGCGCAGCGAGGAGGAAUUCUCCCUUGCUCCAUCCGUCUACAAGCAACCCGACAGAGACAUCGAGUCUCAAACUUGGGGGUACGAUGAUGAUUCAGCUCUGCUACAAAUACGGCAGAGCAUUCUCGCCGAGUUUAAAAAGCUGCACGCAAACAUGUCUACGAAUGAACUCGGCGCUUUGCAUGCAAAUCUCACUGCGGCAGAACGUGCACUGGAUAACUGGCACGAGAGACUGCCGACACAUCUGAGAUUCUUCGCAAACGAGGAGCCAGAGCUUCAAAUUACAGAAGGCGAAUAUUAUCCACGGUUACUCCAGUCUCGCUACUUUGAAACCAGGGAGCUAAUUUUGCGACCGUCGAUGAACCUUAUGCGCCUAUUACGCGUCUCAAUACCAAGCCAUGUGCUUACGACACCGGGACAUGGUACUUACCCGGUUGAGCUUCUUCUUGAACCCCCAUAUGGGUGGGCCAUUACUGAAUGA